GAGAACGGCUGUGCAUGACCUGCUGUGGCAGUGGGGUGUCACACACAGCCUGAUAACUCACAUCUCUCCCCACUUCUUCGUUUUGUCCAAGAGACAAGGCGGAGCACCGGGGAGAAGGUGCUGGAGGUCGGGACGGGCCUGGGAAGGGCAGAGGGCAGGAGGCCGCCGGCUGGGAGCAAGACAGAGGUUGAUGCACACAUGGGGACCGUCCCUGGAAAGCUUGCCCCUUGCGGGACCGUGUGUCCCCAAGGCCAGAGGGCGGGGAUCCCUUUCCCUUUGCCUUUUCCCCUUUAACAACACUUCCGUGUGUAACUUGAGACAAGUUGGGGAAGAAAAAAAAAAGAGGAAGGGAAAAAAAAAAGAAAACGGGAAAAAUAGCGCAGUUAUUCCCGCCUCCGCCUCCUCCUCUCUCUCCUCCCCGGCCAGCCAGGAGCCACGUCACCGUCACCCAGCGCUGGCUCGGGGCUGCUCGGGAGGCUCAGCCUGGGGCUCUCCGGGGGACAAACCCCAACUUUUGGCCUGGAGCAGGGAGAGAAAGGCCCUGGGGUUGGGAAGAGAGAAAACUCACCUUGGGGGAAAAGUGAGCAAGAGAGACGUCCAGCUUGAGUGCCUGGCAGGGGAAAAGUGCUUGCAAAGAGCGGUGAGGGGAGCCUGAACUUUUCUCUCCCAGAAGAGAGGGAUCCAUACUCGGGGAAAAAAGGAAAGUCGAGCUGGAGGAGAGUGUCCGCUUGGACGAGGAUCAGCAGUGAAACACUCCCUGCCUGCGCUCUCCCCACCCGCAGAAAGCGCCUCAGUCCCUUUGCCCCAGAGGAGCUCCCCCAGCGCCAUGAACAUCUUCCGCAUCCUGGGGGACAUCUCCCACUUGCUGGCCAUCAUCAUCCUCCUGGUGAAGAUGCAAAAGUCCAAGUCCUGCGCUGGUAUCUCUGGGAAGAGUCAGAUUCUUUUUGCCCUUGUCUUCACAACGCGCUAUCUGGACCUGUUCACCACCUUCUUCUCUGUCUAUAACACUGUGAUGAAGGUAAUUUUUUUGAUAUGUGCCUACGUCACUGUGUACAUGAUCUACGUGAAAUUCCGGAAAACGUUUGACAGCGAGAACGACUCCUUUCGCCUUGAAUUCCUGCUGGUCCCCGUCACAGGCCUGUCGUUUCUGGAGAACUACAGCUUCACCCCCUUGGAGAUACUCUGGACCUUCUCCAUCUACCUGGAGUCCGUGGCUAUCCUUCCCCAGCUCUUCAUGAUCAGCAAGACGGGGGAAGCAGAGACCAUCACGACACACUACCUUUUCUUCCUGGGCCUCUAUCGUGCUCUCUACAUUGCCAACUGGGUCUGGCGCUACUACACAGAGAAUUUCUACGACCAGAUUGCUGUAGUUUCUGGAGUGGUACAAACCAUCUUCUACUGUGACUUCUUCUAUCUCUACAUUACCAAAGUCCUGAAGGGCAAGAAGCUAAGUCUUCCCAUGCCUGUUUGAAGACAUUUCCACAAUACCACACCAGAGAUGCCGAAGAUGCAGCUCUUAAGACCGCGGCUUUCCUCUCCUGGCCAUUUUUCACCGAGGGAUGGCUCAGCUGAGUCCCACUCCAGUGCCAGGAAGACAGCGAGGCCUGGAAAGCUGAUGUGCUUUUCACCUGCAUGAGACGUUCCCUCUUCUUUAUUUCUUUUUACUUGAAUUUGGUGCUAGUAAGUAGUGCUGGCCAAUACUGAAGUAGUGCAAAUGAUUCUAUCCCAGCUCUUCCCAGCAUCUGCCUCCAAAACACGGCUCCACCUUGACCCUGAGGCAGCACAAGGAGUACAGGGGAAACUGUCACUACCUUUAGACCUUCAAUGAGUGCCCACGGUAAAUGGAACAUAUUACUAUUAAGUGUGAUACCGCCACUGACCCAUUUCACACAGCAGAUGGAACUAUUACUUCAACUCUGUAUGAACUAAAAUCCUCCUGGAAGUUAACCCUGCCUGAUCCCCUAAUUCUAUUCAAGUCCCAUAACAUUCAGGAGCAAUACAUUCCCUUCAACUGACAUGAAUCUUCCAGUUCCACAGGUAUUCAAACACCCUCCCCACUCACUUUCAGUGACGGCAGUUCCUCAUGUUCUACAAAUGGGGAUCAUUUCAAUUAAAAUUCGGUGGGUUGCCAACAGGUGUUUCCAACUCCUUGAAUUUGACUUUUUUUAAGAACUGGGAAGAACAGGGGCAAAGAUGGUUUUACACUCCAAAAAUAAAGACAAAGUUCACAA